UUAUACUUUCCUAAAUUCAUGGUAACAUAAUUGCUGACGUGUGACGGUGUUAUUUAAGGGAGGUAUCGUCUCUUGCAUCUAGGACCACAUCAUCCGUGCAUUACACAUACUAUAUCAUAUAUCUCAUGGAGUAUCUUUUAUACUUAAAAAACAAUGUAACAAAAUCUUCCAAAGAUCUUGAAUUGAAUUCAACGAGGUACCCACACAUUAAAAAAAUAGUGCAUUGCAUUUGUAACCUCCAAAAGAAACAAAAUCCAACGAGACUAGAAAUAAUUAUAAUGUUAAAGAAUUGUAAAUGGGCGGUGGCUUUGGUGCAUGAAAAGAGGUGUGAAAAAGGUUUUGGUUUUAGUAACCGAAACCGAAACAUCGAACUUCGACAACGAUUUAACUCAAUAUUCAAACGACAUAGCAUUUAUUGAGCCUUACGUGUUCUGUUCUACCUUAGUGAAAUUACCCACACUCUCUUCACAUGGUCUUCACGUCUUAGCUAAGCUAGGGUCCUACUCAUUGACAUUUAUGUACAUUUAUGUCGUUAUGUGUAUCUUUUUUAUAUAAACCCUAGAGUGAAAGAACCGAACAGAGCACAACUCGACUCGAAUAACCCAUUUUCAUCAUCAUUACCUGAGAUGUAUAUGUCCUCAUUGUCUCCGAGGCUCCACAAAGCAUACAAAUCUAGAUGUGUUAGUUUACCAGUCAGGUCUCAUCCUAGUCUUAGGAGGAUUCAAGAAGUGGUCUCCAAGAUUAGAGCUUUGGGGUCGUCUUCGUUGGACUCGAGGACGAUGGUCCGUGACGGUCUCUCUGGUCUCACCGACCUUUACAGAUGUUUAAGUGAAGAUCUCUUCAAAUCUUCUUCUGAAACUCAGCAAGCUCUUCUUAAUGGUGGUGGUUUGAUGGAUGAGCUUCUUGAAGCGUCUCUGAAGUACUUAGAGGUUUGCGGAGGAGCUAAGGACGCGGCGUCGAAAAUCAAGAAGAGUGUUGUUGAGCUUCAGUCGGCUUUAAGAAGGAGCAAGAAAGGAGGUGAGUUUAGCCUUGAGAGUGACGUGGAUGCUUACAUGGCGUCGAGGAAAGAGAUCAAGAAGGAGCUCAAGAAGUAUAUGGUAAUGUCGAAAGAGACAGACGCGUCUUUGGAGAGUGUUUGGUGCGAUGGUGAUGAUCAAGAGACGAGUGCUUUAGUUAGAGUGAUGCAAGAGACGAGUGUGAUGACUUGUUUUGUGUUACGCUCGGUCUUCUCGUUCUUGUCGUCGCCUAAAGGGUUAACGACUAAGAAUCAUCAUCACCACAAAGGUUGGGGGAUUGUUAUGAAGCUUGUGAAGAAAGGUAUAGAUCAUCAUCACCAGGAGAAGAGAGAUCUUGAGAAGGGCUUUUCUUGUCUCGAGCUUGAAGCGAUGGAAUCUGAGCUGGGGAAGCUCGUUGUCAUGACAACGAAGGAAGAUCAGGAAGAAGUGAAAAGAGUUAGCGAAGAAGUAUGUGAGAAGAUUCAAUGCGCAUUGGUUAGAUCCGAAGGUGUAGAGGCAGCCAUGGAAGAGCUUGAAGAGGGACUUGAAGGAUUGUUCAAGGUAAUGAUACAAGCUAGAGUCUCUCUUCUUAACAUACUCUCCACUUAAUUCAAAAUGGAUCGGAUUCGAAUUUCUUGGUAUGGAUUCCGAAAUAAAUUACUUGCUCUAGACCGGGUUUAUUGGUUUUAAAAUCUUGGUUUGGGGUUUUUUUUUUUUCACUUGUAUGUUGAGAGAGUUUAAACAUGCGUCCAUAUUUUAGAGGAUGUGUGUUUGUUCUAAGUUUGUAACUCCGUUCAGGUGUGAACCAUCUCUUGUAAAUUUUUGUACUAUACUAUA